CCCUUUUCUUUCAGUAGAAUAUUCUUCGAGAUCUAGGAAGGAGAGCACGUAGGCUGUCAGUCCUACUUACUGCGCACUUAUAUCCUGGGUUAUAUAUUUUCAACAGUAUACUGUGAUCAGCGAAGAAAACCACAUUGGCGAAGGUAAGGAAUUGUUAAAGUUGGGUUAACAACUUGGUAGCAGUGAGUAGGCUAUUAUGGCGUUUAUGUUCAGUCUGGCAAAGUUAAAUUGUGUCCGAGUUAGAAAGUCUUACUUAAAGUGCCGUUUCUUACAGAUGCUUAAAAAUGCUUUCCAGUUGAUUGUCCUGGUUUGGAUUCGUGGGUCAGUUUCUCUGGAUUUGAACUGCAUCAAUGACUUUGACAGAACAAUGAUGUGUGAAUUUACACCAAAACAACCUGCCAAUUGCAAGAAAUAUUCACUGAAUGUGGUCUUUCUCGCCACAUCCCCAAAGAGGAGCUACGACUGUUCCCCCGACGGUGAUGCUAUCAAAUGUGGUUGUACAAUUGACGUUGAGGACGGCUUCUUACAUGGAGAAAACAGUAAUGUUACCUUAAAGAGAAAUGGACUGAUCCAGGAUUCAAAGAUUAUUCAAACCACCGAAAACAUAAAGCCCAAAACUCCAACAAUCAGGAGCGCCAAUCUAACAACAGCAGGAAAAACAAAUGUCACAUGGCUGACAAACUAUGAAAAAACUUCAUCAAAGUCAACGCUUCGUUUUUUAGAAGAUUUGAAAACUGAACUGUAUUAUAAACCACAGAAAGGUGGAGAAUGGAUCCCAGUUCAUGAAGAUGCCAUGCAUAAAACACAUCAUGAGUUGUAUUUAGAGCCAAACACAGAGUUCAUUAUCAAGGCCCGGGUAUUCAUAUCCUUUGACAAAACUCACUUCAGUGACUGGAGCGAAGAAUAUACAUUUCCCAGUGGAAACCAAAUUGGAAUUGUUACUGGGAAAGUGGUUGCAGUCUUAAUUGUGAUCCUGUUCCUCAUUGCUUGUACAUUAGGCUGCUGCUUUGUGAAAAUCAAGAAAGAGUGGUGGAGUAAAGAUUUUUCUUCUCCAAAGAUUGGAUCUAUUGAUGAUCCCAGCUUGGAAGAAUACAGGAUACUCUGCCCAGAAAAGACUCCAACAUCCAGGAUGGAGGUGUUUAUUCCUAAAAAGGACAUCACUGAAGAGGAGAAGAGCAUAGCCACCUUCUCAGACAAUGACAGCAGUGGAAACAGCAGCCUUACUGGAAGCACAAACUCAAGCUCAAUUCCAGUGGAUUAUGGGCACACCUGCCACGUAGAAAAGGAUCAGAAGGGCAACCAGACCUUGGAACGAAUGCUGUUGGCUGUCCAGCACGACUUGGAACGAGUGCGUCAGAUCCAGUCAGACUCAGUGGUUUUGCCAGGUCUCUCAGACUACGAAACUGUACGCACGCAAGAAUCAAAGGGAUUCCAUAGGCCCAGCUCAACUUCGCAGAGUAACUCUGGAUGCACCUCAGGUUCGUCUUUCGACAACGAGUGCUACUCAGUUCCCACCAGCCCAUUCCCUCGGGAGGGAAACUUAUCUUUUUUUGUGGCAUCAUUGUCCAGUGACCCUGGCUAUCAGUCCAGUGAGAGUUUUGGUCAGCCGGCAUCGGAGAUGGGCGGAUGUAAGCUUAAUUUGGCCCCACUCAUCCAAACAGAACUUGGCUACCGAUCCAGUGGUGGCUGUUUGAUCAGUGAAGCACAAUGUCUUCCCCAGUCCUCAGGUGAAAAUCAGCACUUCGCCGCCCAUGUGGGGGCUAACGAGAGCUUCGUUAAGGCUGUGGGACAGGGAGUGAGCAUUUGCAUGGAUCAGACACUACAGAGCAUUCAGGAGGAAGAGAAAGACUGUGCACUGAGGUCGGUUUGUAACGAGAACCUGCUUCAGCCCUGUCCUGCUCAAGAGUGUGGCCUACUCCUGUGGGAUGAUGAGUAUCAGGUUUUGCCAAAGUGAUUCAAAGCUGAGGGGAAGGGUAUAUGGCAACACUGAACUGCAGUAACCAACAACCUUCACCCCCCUCUCUAGCCAGCCCCUGUGAGCACUGUACAGGCACCAGCACUUUAGUUUAAGCUUAGCACUUGUG